CACAGAAAGCCUAAUGGAAACCUUUUUUCUUGUUGCGGCAGUGUUGGUGUGUGUAUAUGCAGUCAUUUAUACUGUUUGUGUCAAAGGCAAAUCAUGUCAAAGCAAUGUCAAACUUUAUGGAAGAACAGUCAUUGUUACUGGAAGUAACACGGGUAUUGGGAAGACAACAGCCAUUGACCUGGCCAAGAGAGGAGCCAGGGUCAUUCUGGCCUGUCGCAGUAAGCAGAGGGGUGAGGCUGCUCUUGCUGAGAUUAAGAAGGAGAGUGGGAGCGACCAGGUGGUGUUCAUGCAGCUGGAUCUAGGGAGUCUGAAGUCUGUGCGCUCCUUUGUUGAAACCUUCCUGAAGACUGAACCUAGACUGGACCUGCUGAUCAACAAUGCAGGGAUUGUCAUGGAAGGCAAAACGGAGGAUGGCUUGGGCAUGAUGUUUGGUGUUAACCACAUCGGCCCCUUCCUGUUGACCAUCCUGCUGCUGGACCGUCUGAAGGAGUGUGGACCCAGUCGAGUGGUCAACGUGGCUUCAACAGCUCACAAUGCGGGUCAUAUUGACUUCAACUGCCUGAGCACUCACAAAGAUCUAGGGGUCGGCAGCUCAUUUCUGGAUGUUAUGAAGAUCUACAGCAACAGCAAACUGUGUAAUGUUCUCUUCACCCAUGAGCUGGCAAAGAGACUGAAGGGCACCAAGGUCACCUGCUACAGCCUACAUCCAGGUGCCAUUAACACCGAACUGACCCGGAACGCCAAAAUGUUUGCCAUUCUGAUGAAGCCCUUCUCCUUGUUACUCUUCAAGACCCCGGUACAGGGGUCCCAGACCACUCUCCACUGUGCCCUCCAGGAGGGCUUGGAGCCCCUGAGUGGACGCUACUUCUCCAACUGUACGGUUAGAGACGUGUAUGCCAAGGCCAAAGAUGACGCUGUGGCUAGGAAGGUCUGGGAAGUGAGCGAAACUCUGUGUGGCCUGUCAUGAGAAACUUUUACUAUGACUUAAGGUUUUCACUAAGGAUCCAAUGAUUUGACAUUUUUGUCAGCCACUAAUAUCUUAAAGAUCCUGUAAAGUGGACCUGAAAACGAGUUUUAAGUUCACCACACCACAGAAUAAUGUGUUAUUAACUACCCAUCCAAAUUUGAAUGAAAAAAUAACACCGACAAGUAUGUUAAAUUAGAUGUGUAUAUGUAUAAUU